AUGGUGGCGACCGGAGGCUCAUCCUCGCUUGGGCGAAGAUCUUUCGCCCGUCGGGGCCAGGACGUGAUCAACAGGCCGCCAUCCUCGCAGCGCUUUUUGGCCACGUCUUACGACGGCGAGUGGAAACUGCGGUCCGACGUCAAGAGAUCUUUCGGCCAGGAGACCUCCUCGCCCAGGGACGAGCACCAGACGUGGCUCAAAGGCGUGCUCGGAAAGAGGAAGAAGCCGACCCUCUUGGGCAACAUGAGAAGGCUGGACCUAACCAGCAGCUUGCUGAGAAGUAUGGAGCGGCCAGGGUGCGACUGGGAUCCCCUCCGAGACCUUCGUGUGCAGGGGGUCCAGGAGUCGGAGCCCUCCACCGCCCGCACAUCCCUGUCCAGUGAGACAGGGGAUAUGGCAGACACCAGCAUGACGAGCUUCAGCAGGCUCACCAGGCGCAUGUCGGCCUCCCUCCGGUUGGGAAGACGCCGGAGCUCUGCUCGCUCUGGGUUGCCGCCGAAGGAGGAGGCAAGGGCGCCGACGCCGCUGGAAAAGAUAACCCUGCAGAAGAUUUCGCAGCUUCAGGAUAUCCCUUGGCAGGUGAGCAAGCAAGCCUUCAACUGGUUCUAUCAGUUUGCCGACACUGGCACAUGGGAUCGCGAAGAGCUGGGGCUGUCGGAGGAAGCCGUUCUGGACGGUGUGCCCUUUGAGCUGCCCAGCUUGGGCAGCAUGUCCCGGAGCGCGCUCUUCCAGACCUGCUGCGCCAUCAGCGACGUGGAGGACCCCGCGCAGCUGGACAUGGAGUUCGUCGGAGGCGCGCUGAAAGCGGUCGAUGCGAACCAGAACGAUGCGCUCGACCUGGUCGAGUUCCUCGACUUCUACCAUCGCUACUGCUUCUCUGAGGAGGUGCUCCUCAGCCGUCAAGAGAGGGAGUUGAGACAGCUGGCGCGGAAGUAUGGCUUCAGCUUCGUCGAACUCGACCAGCUCAAGAAGAAGUUCGACCAGGCCGACCGCAACAAAAGCGGCAAGCUGGGCUACGAGGAGUUCCUAUCCCUCAUGGCAAUGCUGACAAAUCUUCCGCCGGGGCAAGAGCUGCCAGAGAAGAAGAAGAAGGAGUGGUGGAUUGCCGCAAGGCAAGGCUGGCGAAGGCACUUGGACUUGGAUGCAUUCUUGUCCUUCUACGUGUCCAUCGGCUGA